UCAAAUCCGGAACCCAGGACAGGCUCGUGCUUUUCGAAAAUCUCAAUCACUAGAAAAUUAAAUGACUCGCGGACGCGAUGCUUUUAUAGAGCUUUAAAAUUUAAAAAUAGGAGAGAGAGUGAAGUUAGAGAAAAACAGAAAGAUGAGAGACUGUUGUUAAUUUUUUGGAAAAGAAAAAGAGUAAAAUUUGCGCGUUAAAAUAUCGUUUAAAAUUAUGGCUUCCUUUUUCGAUUUUUUUGGUGGAAACUUUCGUUGAUUGUUUUUUCGUUUUUCUUAUUUUUUUCUUCAUUUUUUCAUUGUUUUUUUUUCAUUUUUUUUUAUUGUUUUUCUAGUUAAAUGAUGUCUCAAAAGCAAAAAAUGAAACCAAUGAGUGCAAUGACAGCAGCUAGUGCCACCGCCGCAAUCGUUGAUGUAAUUAGUGAGUCUGCUGAAGCAAAAACUUCCUUGCCUUAUACGACAAUUGAAAAAUUGGAGCAACACGGGAUACACAUAAAUGACAUCAAAAAACUUCGCGCUCAUGGCUUCUAUACGGUCGAAUCGGUUGCGUUUGCUCCUAGAAAGGAAUUGGAGAAAGUUAAUGGAAUUGGAGAACAGAAAGUUGAAAAGAUCUACGGAGAAGCUAAGAAACUUGUUCCAAUGUCGUUUACUCUUGCUAGUGUUGUCCAUGUAAAGCGCUCUCAACUAAUCUUGAUUGAGACUGGCAGUCGAGAAUUAAACCGACUUUUGGGUGGUGGAAUUGAAACGAGUUCUAUUACAGAGGUUUUUGGCGAAUUUCGAACAGGCAAAAGUCAGUUGUGCCACACUUUGGCUGUUAUUUGUCAACUUCCAGUGGAUAUGGGAGGUGCAGAAGGGAAAUGUCUUUGGAUUGAUACAGAGGGAACUUUUCGACCUGAAAGACUUUUAGCUGUCGCGGAAAGAUACAAAUUAGACGGUCAAAUGGUCUUAGAAAACGUUGCAUAUGCUCGUUGCUACAACACAGAUCAUCAAAUGCGUUUACUAAUGGAGGGGGCUGCAAUGAUGGCAGAAUGUCGAUAUGCUCUAGUGGUGGUUGAUAGCUUAAUGGCUCUGUAUAGAACAGAUUAUUCUGGCCGUGGAGAAUUGUCAGCAAGACAGCAACAUCUGGCGUGCUUUCUACGCGGAUUAAUGAAGCUUGCUGAGGAGUUUGGCGUUGCAGUUGUUGUUACAAACCAAGUAGUCUCUCAAGUUGAUGGUGGAAAUAUGUAUCAAGCAGAUCCUAAAAAGCCUAUUGGUGGAAAUAUAUUAGCUCAUGCUUCGACUACAAGAUUGUUUUUUCGAAAGGGAAGAGGACCUCAACGAAUUUGCAAGAUCUAUGACUCUCCAUGUCUACCAGAAAGUGAAUGUACUUUUGAGAUAACUGGACAUGGAAUUGAUGACAUCCAAGAAGAAUAA